AAAUAAGUCAGAGAAGAAAAGGCGAGACCAGUUCAAUGUCCUCAUUAAAGAACUUGGCACCAUGUUGCCCGGCAACACUCGUAAGAUGGACAAGUCCACCAUCUUGCAGAAAAGCAUUGACUACCUGCGCAAGAACAAAGUUCCACUUUCGACUCAUCCGUCCACAGAACAUUCUCCCAAAAGCUUUGAGGAUCACUGUGACAAGGAGGAGAGUGUGGCUGGGCCAUAAGGAUGGACGCCUGGCGCUGAAUCAUCUCAAUCAGUCGGGAGAGAGAUAAAGAGGAGCCAGAGAUGCCAGUUCGAGAGAGAGAUGUAUGCAGAGUUGUGUGUGUGCGUCAGUGUUUGUGUUGUGUCUGAUUAAAGUCUUCGUGAUUGUUCAUCUGGUUCAAGUAUCCUUUCCGAUAAGCAAGAGAACUUUUGUUACCCUGGUGCCGAAACCUGGGACUUUGGAGGAGGACCAUGCUUUCCUGGAGACCUCGCUGCUGGCUCAAGAACGCAACGCCGAGAAUACAGGAUCUGGUGGUACUGGAGCGGUUCGUCAGUGAGCACCGGGAGGCAGAGGAGCCAGCUGCCAAGCGCCGGAAGGCGGAGGAGCUCGGCGGCGGCCAAGGGACGGCUGAGUGAGUCCAGUGCCAUUGCCCAGCAUUGCUGAUGGAGGUGUUCCAGCUGGCUGAGGACCGGGUGGGCGGUGUAGUCAGGAACCAAAGUUUUUUUUUCUUUCACUUUCUUUUUCUUUUCUCUCUCUCCUCUCUCUCGGUCUCUCUCACUCUCUCUUUCUCUCUCCCCUCUUCCUCCCCUCAUCCUGCUCAUGUUUCCAGGAGGCGGGGAAGACCAGCCGGUGGCCGAACGACCGGAAGGGCAACACCCCCUCCCCUCAAGGAAUGGGGAGGAGUAGUAAGUCAGGCCAGAUGGUUCCCCGGCCUGAAUCGGGCGUUGGGGGUAUGUGACGAGGAGGAGGGGGUGGCCGGGCCAUAAGGAUGGACGCUUGGCGCUGAAUCAUCCCAAUCAGCCCGGAGAGGGAUAAAGAGGAGCCGGAGAUGCCAGUUCGAGAGAGAGAUGCACGUGGAGUUGUGUGUAAAUUGCUGCGCAGUCUGAGUCGAGUGAGAUCAAACAGAAUUGGAAACCCCCGUUCCUUAGCAAUGAAGAGUUUACACAGCUGAUGCUAGAGGCGCUGGAUGGGUUCUUCUUAGUAAUGCUGACUGAUGGCAACAUCAUUUACAUCUCAGAAAGCGUCACCUCUCUACUUGAGCAUCUGCCUUCGGACAUGGUGGAUCAGAACCUUUUGAACUUCCUUCCAAUGGGAGAACAUGUGGAAGUGUAUAAAGCAUUGUCCUCCCACCCAGACACUGAAAACCUCAGCUCUGAUUACCUCAAGCCUAAGAACCAGACGGAGUUUUGUUGUCACAUGCUCAGAGGUUCUGUGGAUACCAAGAAACCACCUGUGUACGAAUACGUCAAGUUUAUCGGCAACUUUAAGUCUCUCGCCAAUAUGCCUCAGUCAAAACGAAAUGGCCUUGAGGGAAUUUUACAGCGUUCGUUGCAACCAGCCUUCGGUGAUCAAGUCUGUUUUAUUGCUACUGUGAGGCUGGCCAAACCCCAAUUCAUCAAAGAGAUGUGUACGGUGGAGGAGCCCAAUGAAGAAUUCACAUCUCGACACAGUCUGGAGUGGAAGUUUCUUCUGUUAGAUCACAGAGCACCACCAAUCAUUGGCUAUAUGCCGUUUGAGGUGUUGGGGACAUCAGGCUAUGACUAUUAUCACGUAGAUGAUCUGCAUUCACUUGCCAAAUGCCAUGAACAUUUAAUGCAGUUUGGAAAAGGGAAGUCGUGCUAUUAUCGCUUUUUGACUAAAGGGCAGCAGUGGAUUUGGCUUCAGACUAAUUACUACAUCACCUAUCACCAGUGGAACUCGAGACCAGAGUUCAUUGUGUGCACCCACACGGUUGUGAGCUACGCUGAGGUGCGAGCAGAUCAGAGGAGAGAGAUGGGUAUAGAGGAAUCUCCCCCUGAGCUGACUGUAGACAAGCUGUCUCAGACUUCUGUCUCUGAAUCGCAGUUGAACACCUCCAGUCUGAAGGAGGUGCUGGAGCGUUUUAGUAACAGCCAAACUCCCUCCAACUCCUCACGGAGCUCCCGCAAAUCCUCGCACACCGCCGUCUCUGACAACACCUGCGUUUCCACUCCCUCUAAGCUACAGAUGGAAGUGAGCACUCCACCCCGGCCCGCCAACGUUGACAUAGCACCACAACGGCGCUCCUCAGUCAGCAUCCAGUCCAUGAGUUCUCAGCACACCACUCAGAAUGGCUCUCCAGCCCAAAUGAGCCAACAACAACAGCAACAACAACAACCGCAACAAACCCAGCUACAGCAGCAGGUUCAGCCUAAUGCCAUGUUCUCUGCGCAGUUGAAUGCAAUGCAGCACCUGAAGGAGCAGCUGGAACAGAGGACACGUAUGAUAGAAGCAAACAUUAAUAAACAGCAGGAGGAACUGAGGCAGAUCCACGAGCAGCUGCAACGAGUGCAGGGACCAGGAGCUCAGGUGAUACUGCAGCAGUCAGGCAGUGGACUCAACAUGCAGUUGCCGCAUGUUGGUGGAGCACAAACAAGCAUUCUAGGGAUUGGGACACAGGCUGGGGUCGUAGCUAUACAGGGUCAGAGUGUGACAAGUACAGCACACAGUGGGACUGUCUCACAGCAACAAGUACUUUCACAGCAGCAACCUCCACGUUCCCUGCAGCAAAAUCUACAGAGCUCCUCUGUUGCACAGCGUGGUCUGGUAUAUAACACCAUGAUGAUCAGCCAGCCUGCCAAUACCAAUGUUGUACAGAUACCCAGCAGCCUGGCACCAAAAAUCAAUCAGGGCAAUGCAAUAAACAGGUUUCCUGCAGGGCAGCAGUUGGUCACUAAGAUAAUGACAGCUCCAAUGGCGUGUGGCACUGUCAUGGUACCCACCACAAUGUUUAUGGGUCAGGUAGUGACAGCCUACAGCCCAUUUUCACAGCAACAAGGCCAGACGCAGGCCAUAGCGCUGCAGACUCAGCCCAAUGCGACUGCAGAACAACAGGCUCAAGCUACAUCAUUACAAUCAAAUCAACAGCAGGGGGCAACACAACAACAGACAAAACAGCAGCAACAGUUUUUGCAGAGCUUUCUCCAUGGCAACCAAUCUACACAACUGAUCCUGCAGGCUUUCCCUAUUCAGCAGCAAGGCACAUUUACUCCCUCACAACAACAGCAGCAGCAAACACAACAACAACAGCUGCAAUUGAAGCCACAGACUCAAAAACAGCAGAAAGCUGCCUUCACUCAUCAGACUGACAGCACUAGUGCCCAGUCUCAGUAACGUGGAUGAACACAGCCAAUCAGAUGGAAUAGCCUGGUCACAACAUGUCUCGUAUAGGUGUUUAUUGGACAGGUGUUGUAUUGAUUGGAAAUCCUCUUCCUGGCAACAUCUUGUUAUGAGGUAGAAGCUUCAGGCAGUCGCAUGGAACACAACACCACAAGAUGGUCACACUGGCGACCGUGCAGAACAUUUCACUGCACCAACAGGUGGUUGCCAAGCUCCUUAUUUAUUUCAACAACUGAAAGCAUAGAACUGCUAGCCUUGCAUGGUAUUUGCCAAACUGAAAACUCUGGUCUUCUACUGUAAACAACCCAAGAAACUGAGUCUAUCUGUACAGUCUCAUGUAUCAUACCAUGUAAAUAGGCAAACGAAAAGAAACAAGAUAUUGAAUAUUUUAUAUGCUGCAUGAAAAGUGUAAACUUUCAUAUGUACUUCCAGUUUUAUGAUUUCCAUUUGUAAGUAUUAUUUUGGGGUUCAAGUUUAACAUUUUUAUAUUAUGCAUAUAGUGAUGCUUUAUACUGUUGCCCUACCCUUAGAAUAGCCUCAUUACAUAUAGUUAGGGUGCAUCACAGUUUGUUCAGGAGGUUUUUAGAGGCAAUAAGGUAAAUUUUGCAGCUAUUAGUUUCUCCUUUUAGAUAUUUUACCCUGUGGCUCUGACUCAUACAAACAGAAUGCCCAGUUUGUUUCUAUUUCUGAAAUCCUUUUAGACAUUUUAUGCAGAGGAAUUGAAAUUGAUGUGACAUUUUCCAAUUUAAGUGCCAACAUUGAAAAACCUGCUUCUUCCAGGUUGUGUGAGUUGAAUGUUAAUUUGCUUUUUAGCAGAGUCAUAGUUUUGUUCUAAAAAGUUGUGCUUUGCACCUUUCCCCAUUUCUUAUAGCACUUAUUGUGUUAAUACACACUAAAAAUGGCCCAUCCCUCUAGUGAUUGUGAUGUAUUGGUCUUUUGAAGUUUUUCUGUGUGCAUGGAUGUUCUGCAGGAAAUUGUGUUUCUUAAAGGAGACUGACAUGUCAUGAAUAAGCUUUUAAAUUCUUAUUCAUAAGUACUCUUUUCUUCCUCGUGGUUUUGGGAGCUAUGCAAGAAGCCACAUCCAAGACAAAGUAUUAUGUGUGACUGAUAAAAGUUCAGAGUACUGUGGACCUUUUCGAUACCAUUAUCAUCAGGAAAAUAAUGAUUAUGUUGUCCUUAUUCCAGUUUCUCUUGCAAAGUUAUUGUGUGUGUGUGUGUGUGUGUGUGUGUGUGUGUGUGUGUGUGUGUGUGUGUGUGUGUGUGUGUGUGUGUGUGAGGAGAGAGAGAGAGAGAGUGGGUGUGUAUGUGUGAAAGAGAGAGAGAAUAGAAAGUGUAGGCUAUUGUAUCAAUAACUGUUUGUGAUUCUUCCAGUAUCGCUCUGUGGGUUGCUAUAUGUUCACCCCAGUGAUGA